AUGGCCCCCAAGCUCGACCCGAACAAGAGGGCCCGCCUCAGCGCCCAGCAGCCUGAGACGCUCGGCUCGCCCGGAAGAUCGUCUGCGCCGCAGGGCCAAACGCCCCCGCGCAACCUGCGGGCUCUCAGCGCGGCGGCACAGGCCUCCAUCGCCAGCUCGCCCGCGCAGCAACCAAAGCCAGACAACGCUGACGUCGUCAUGACGGUGCGCAAGUGCAGCGACUGCGUUCGCGCGUUGUGGGCGGACGCUCCCGCCGGAGAGUCACUGUUUGCGAUCCGGCUUGGCCAUGGCGCGUGGCCGACGGUGCAGAGUCAAUUGACUGGGGCGUUCGGUGACUUCCUGAAGGCGCAGCACGAGGAAGACGGGUCGUGGCCGAUGAACCUGAAGCAGCUUCGCGAGGCCCAGAACGCGGUCGUCAAGAUCACCAACCCCGACGACCCCAACGAGCAGACCUUUUCCAUCGACGCGUGGAGCGUCGCGUUCUGGGUGUCCGGCAACGCAGACGACGUGACCAACGCUCUGCGCAUGCUGGACGCCUUCGUGAUGCACCGCAUCGAACACCCUCGCACCUCUGACAAGAAGACGCGGCCGCCGCUGAAAAAUAUGCGCGUCAAGGUGUACCUCUCGAGUGGAAGCGACGUGCAGUGCGAGAGCGACGGCCACAACGUCGCGACCGAGAUCUUCCGCGACGUGGCCAAUCCGCCCUUCAGCCUGCUGAGCGUGGCGCCGCCCUUCGCGACGCGCAUGCUUCUCGCGUCGGCGGAGAUCGUGGACCGCGACCGCAUCAUCGUGCGUUUGGACGGACGCACCUGCCCCUGGAAGGCGCAUUUCGAUCGGGCCGGCGUGCCCCGCGUCGACUCCAACUUGGGGCUGCUUCCGCCGAAUUUCACCGACGUGAGCGUCGGGGAAAACUGCGACAAUAUCAUUCGCCUGUUCACGGACAUACUCGGCAACGCUGCGCGCCGCCUGCCAGCGAAGUGGGCGGAUGUUCCCAACGAGGGCCCCGUGGAGAAACUUCUUGUGGAAGUCGCCGCCAUGCCGCACGUGUUCACGGAUGUCAUCAAGCACGGCGACAGCUAA